AUGGCUGCAGCCAGCUAUGAGGCCACCAAGGUUUUAGCUUCUGGACGUCGCUCUCCUACAUUGAACAGACCAUCAUUUCACACAUCCAGCGUCACUGUCCAUCAACAUCUCUCAUUUGAUGGAGUGAGGAAUUCUCUCUCAGAUCUGAAAAAGAGACUCGAGGAAUUCUGUGAGGAGGAAUUCAACAAAAUCCCUCCACAUGCUGCAGCAGUUCAGAUCAUUUCAGAACCAGAACCACAGAGCAGAGAAGAGUUUCUGAAAUAUUUCUGUUAUCUGACUCUGGAUCCCAACACGGCACAUCGUCGCCUCAUUCUGUCUGAGAAGAAAAGAGAGGUGAGAAACAGUGGGAGAGAGCAGCGUUACUCUGAUCAUCCAGAGAGAUUUGAUUCCUGGGAGCAGGUGUUGUGUAAGGAGAGUGUGUGUGGACGCUGUUACUGGGAGGUGGAGUGGAGCGGUGCUGGUGGUGUGUCCAUAUCAGUCUCAUAUAAAGACAUCAGCAGGAAAGGACUGGGUAAUGAGUGUGGGUUUGGAGGCAACAAUCAGUUCUGGAGUCUGUGGUGUUUUUCUUCUUCUCUUUCUUUCUGGCACAACAACAUUAAGACUGAUCUCAGAGUUCCAUCCCCCUCCAGAAUAGGAGUGUAUGUGGAUCACAGUGCAGGAACUCUGUCCUUCUACAGCGUCUCUGACACGAUGAAGCUCCUCCACAGAGUCCACACCACAUUCACUCAGACUCUAUACGCUGGGUUUGGGUUCUUUAAAGUUUCUGGGUUAGCGUUCUACUGGUUUUCUGGUUCUACUGUGAGAUUGUGUGAUCCAUAGUAAAAAAAAGUGUGUUUUUUUUUCUUUUUUAUGUAAAAUUCCUGCACGUUGCCACGUUGUUGGUCAAUCGUCUGUUUUAUUCGAACACAAUCCAGCUGGACAAAAAACAGUCACUUUAUUAUUUAAGUUAAAGCAUCUCAUCUCAUUAUCUCUAGCCGCUUUAUCCUUCUACAGGGUCGCAGGCAAGCUGGAGCCUAUCCCAGCUGACUACGGGCGAGAGGCGGGGUACACCCUGGACAAGUCGCCAGGUCAUCACAGGGCUGACACAUAGACACAGACAACCAUUCACACUCAC